AUGAGCCUGAGCCUUGGCGGCGGGAGCCCGGAGCGCCAGAAGAGCGACCGUGAGCGAGACGACGGGGAUGCGGAAGACGAGAGGCAGGAUGGUGACAUGUUCACGGAUGCGGACGGGUGGGUAUAUGGGGACAACAAGUGGGAGGGUGCGAGUGGGAAGGGUGGGAUGGGUAAGUAUACGCGCUUCAGGCGCUGGACACGCAUCGCUGUCCUUAGCGAAAUCGUUGAGCCAGUCGGCCCGGGUGAGAUGGGCGUUCGCAAGGAUACGCCACAGGACGAUGCGAACGGACUUUCCGUUGCGGCGUCGCCUGUGGACGCGCCCGCGCUCCCUGAGUGGCAGCCUGUGCUGGGUAGGCCAGACAGCCUGGACAAGAAGCUUCCCGGGGAAGUCGACGAAGACAGGCUGCGGCGGCGGUCGAAGGGCGGUAAUUGA